AUGCAAGCGAUCAAACUCGUCACUGGUGUAACUCCGACUUGCUGGAGACCCCCCUUCGGCGACGUCGACAACCGCAUCCGAGCCAUCGCCAAAGCUCUCGGUCUCGAUACCAUCCUCUGGGAAUACGAUUCAGACGAUUGGCAAGUGAACGCUGGGAAAGCGACACCGGAACAGGUGGAUAAUAAUUAUCAGGCGUUUGUGGAUGGCGCCAAGAAUGGGAAGUUUAACGAGAGGGGAGGAAUCAUACUUACACAUGAGAUUAACAACUAUACGAUGGGAGAAGCUAUGAAGUGGUAUCCUGUGAUGAAACAGGCUUUUCAGCACCUAGUACCUGUAGGAGUAGCCUACAACAAGACACAGCCCUAUGUGGAGAAAGAUCAUACGCAACCUUCGUUUGCGGAAUACGUCUCUGGAGAACGAAAAAGCUCCGACUCCGACUCCGACUCUACGCCCUCAGGCUCAGGCUCAGGCUCCCAAUCUUCUGGUACUACUUCCACCGGUGCCGGUCCCGGACAGUCGUCGUCGACGGCGGUUUCGUCAACGAGUAAAGGGAAAGGCACAGGGAAUGGUGCGAUUUCGAGGUUUGGUGGAGGUACUGGUUCGAGCUUUUUGCUGAUGGUCGUGGGGUUCGUGGUUGUGUGUUUGCGGAUUUGA